AAAGAAAACAGCACAGCAAAUGAGUCAGGUAUGUGGCAGUUUUGUUUUUUCAUUUAUUUGUUCUACCUCACGAAUGAUUAGCUGAAAAGUCAUUGAUUUAUUCUGUGCACUUUUUUUUUCUAUCUACUAGGAAAUAAAGAAAACAGCACAGCAAAGGAUUCAGGUAUGUGACAGUUUUAUUUUACAUUUAUUUGUUCUACCUCACGAAUGAUUAGCUGAAAAGUCAUUGAUUUAUUCUGUGUACUUUUUUUUUCUAUCUACUAGGAAAUAAAGAAAACAGCACAGCAAAGGAUUCAGGUAUGUGACAGUUUUAUUUUUCAUUUAUUUGUUCUACCUCACGAAUGAUUAGCUGAAAAGUCAUUGACUUAUUCUGUACACUUUUUUUUCUUUCUACAAGGUAAUGAAGAAAACCUCACAGCAAAUGAUUCAGGUAUGUGAAAGUUUUUUUUCAUUUAUUUGGUUUACAUCACGAAUGAUUAGCUGAAAAGUCAUUGAUUUAUUCUGUACACUUUUUUUUCUUUCUGCAAGGAAAUAAAGAAAACAGCACAGCAAAGGAUUCAGGUAUGUGACAGUUUUAUUUUUCAUUUAUUUGGUCUACAUCACGAAUGAUUAGCUUGAAAAAUAAUUGUUUAUAUCAUUUUAUUGUUAGGAAGCUUAGCUACCAUUUCAAAAUCACAAUCCUUGCAUAAUUUUCAUAUCUCGAAAGCCUCAACGAACGGAGAAAACAAGGAUGCACAGAAAGACGAGAAGAACAUGUCGAAAGGGACAUUCUUCAUAUUACAAGAGAACGUAGAAAACGGGGACAGUGAGGACUUGGGUAACUAAUAGUUCUAGAUUGUUAGUUCUCUUCUCUGCAAUAACAUGAAAUCGGUAAACUGCCCAAAAUAAGAUAAGAUAAGAUUCUUUUAUGGAUCCAAAUAAAUGGAAAUGUUUUUUGAUUGCAUUAUAUAUUUUCAGCACAAAAAUAAAACAAUUUGAACACAAGACAUUUAUAAUAAAUUAUUUCAAACAGCCAUUCAGUGAGUUCUCUUAGCAAAAUAGGGGACUUAUUAGUUCUCAUUCAGAUGUGUGACUUCAGAGGAAGCACGCCGGUAAAUUGGUACAGAUUGGGGAAGAAAAGAAUUUUUAUAUCUGUCAGUCCUCGCCCUGAUGGAAAGAACUCGUCCCGAACGGCCCGAUCCUAAGUAUCUAGGAUGAAGAGGGUGGGAUGUAUCAUCCAAAAUAAGUUUAGUUUUGCAAAAACCUCUUUCUUCAAAUAGUUCUUCAAGUGAAGGAUGUUUAGUUUGUGUUAUGUUUCUAGCUUUCUUGAUUAGUCGGUUAAUGCGGUGUUAAAUAUCAGACGUUGAAUUUCCACACCAGCGGGCAAUACUGAAAUUAAGCAGGCUUAGAAUAGUUGCACUGUAGAAUAAGUUAACGACUUGCUUGUUUACGCCAAAAUUGUACAGUUUUUUGAGGUAGACCAGUCUUUGCUUGAAUUUCUUAUACAGGAUUUGACCGUGUUCGUGCCAUGUUAGCUUAUUAUUAAUUGUGACACCUAAGUACUUGUACGCCUCCACUUUCUCCACAUUGUGAUUUUUUUAUGUUGAGAUCUGUAAUCAGGUGUUUCCCCCUCCUGAAACCUUGUCUAAAAACUCUCCAAUCGCCCACCGAGUAGUGUGAGCAUUUUGUAUAUAGUUAUUACGAAAUUAUAAUUUUGUUUGUAUUGAAAUUACAGCUUUUCCUUCCCACCAAUUGAAUAUUUGUUAUCAUUCAAAUAUAAAAACGUGUGUGUGUGUAUAUAUAUAUAUAUAUAUAUAUAUAUAUAUAUAUAUAUAUAUUUGUGUCUUUAUAUAUAUUCUAACACACACAUUUUUCUGUAUAGUACAUAUAAAAAAUAUUUUUUUUUUUUUUCCCACCAAUUGAAUAUUUGUUAUCAUUCAAAUAUAAAAACGUGUGUGUGUGUAUAUAUAUAUAUAUAUAUAUAUAUAUAUAUAUAUAUAUAUAUAUAUAUAUAUUUGUGGCUUUAAAGUUAGCCUAAGCCACAGACUUUUCAGUCUAGUACAGAUAAAAAACAUUUUAUUUUAUUUUUGGUGAUUUGAUUAUGUGAUUUUCAUUCAAGUCUGCCGUUUUUACUUCUUUAAAAAGUAUCUAUAUUUUUGGAGAAAAAAAACAACACAUUGAUAAUAUAUUAAAUUAAUGUGGCUUAUAGUAUAUAUUUUCCACAAAAAAAAAUGAUUAAUGCCUUUUUGUAGGAACUUGUAAGAAUUAUUAAAUAUCUGUAAUGUUUUAAACGAUUCGUGAAUAAUGGCCUAUCCGAAAGCAAGGAUGACAUUAAUUUAUAAAAAAAUAAAAUAAAAUGAUUACGGUAAUAAUACAAUUAACUAUAUCUGUAGAAAACUAAAGAAAGAAACAUGACCUAACUGCUGUUGCUAAGGGAAACAAAAAAUACACAUAAAAAAAAAAAAAAAAAAAAAAAAAAAAGAAAAAAAAAAAAUUUAAUUAAAUAAAAAAAAAAAUAAAAAAAACUGUAAAAAAAAAAAAAAAAAAAAAAGAACCAAACACAGAUGCUAAAGGAAAAAAAAAAAAAAAAAAAAAAAAAAAAAAAAAAAAAAACAUCAGCGUCAAACAAAAAUAUUAAUAAACUAAAAAAAAAAUAAUAACUGUUCAACCAUUUGAAAAUUUGACAAAUUUCUUGAAAUUCUCUCGAACUCUCCAGAGCAUCAUUAAAAGUUAUUUUAGUUUAUUUUAUAAUUUUAACAAAAUAUUUGUCUCAGAUGAAGAAAGAUGUUUUAUUUAAAUCAUUUUUUUUGUCGAUACGAACGAUACUGUGAUGUGUCCUUUUUUUUUUUUUUUUUCAAGAGUGCCCCUAAAUUGCGAUACUUUUUUUUUUUUUUUUACCUAGCCUGGUCGCAAUCCAACCCUUCCAGUUUUCUUAUUUUUUUCUUUUUUUUAGGGAAAUUUAGAGACAAAAUACUUGCUGGUUUUUUUUAAAAAUAAUUUUUUUUUUUUUUUUUUUUCAAGAGUGCCCCUAAAUUGCGAUACUUUUUUUUUUCUUUUUACCUAGCCUGGUCGCAAUCCAACCCUUCCAGUUUUCUUAUUUUUUUCUUUUUCUAAGGGAAACUUAGAGACAAAAGACUUGCUGGUUUGUUUCAAAAAGAAUUGCUGGCUGAAGAUUAUGAGCUGACGAUGCUCCUCCUACGCCACAUCAAGGCAAGUCAAAGACCCUUCACCAUUUGAAGAAAAGAUACUUUUCGCAGAUUUAUAAAUACUUUUCGCAGAUUUAUAGAUACUUUUCGCAGAUUUAUAGAUACUUCUCGCAGAUUUAUAUAUAUUUUUCGCAGAUUUAUAGCUACUUUUCAAAGAUUUAUAAAUACUUAUCGCUGAUUUAUUGAUACUCUUCACAGAUUUAUAGUUACUUUUCGCAGAUUUAUAUAAAUACUAAUGUAGAUUUAUAGAUACUUUUUGCAGAUAUAGAUUUUUUUCGCAGACUUCUAUCAGACUAACAUAAGAAUAAGCUUAAAUUAAAAAUAAUAUGUAUAUAUAUAUGUAUACUUUUAAAAAAAUCAAAUCUUUUCUUUGCGGACCGUCCAUAAAGUAAGCCACAUUCUUUUUGAACAACUUUUCACCCCCCCCCCCCCUGCCUCCUGUCACAAAUCUCAGAGGCCCACAACCCCGGCCUAAAAGUACGUCCCACUUUCGGACUAAAAAAUAAACUAUUAACAUAUUUUUUUAAUGAAUUACAAUUUAAUCUAAAAAAACACUUCACUUUUGAACUAUUAAAUUUUUUAAAUCGAGAUUCUUUUUUAUGAGACUACAUCUAGCUCAAGGAACGUUCAAAAGACCCCAUUUCAGGUUUAUUUGUAUGACUUUAAAAAUUGAAAUGUGUGAAUAACGUAAGAUCUUUACAACCUCCACCCUCCCCCCUUUUCCGUUUCACAAACUGUCACAAUUUCUUAGAUCACCUCUUCUGUCAGCAAAGGGACGUACACGUGUCCCCUUGUGUAAACGUGCAAAGAUUUUUUUUAUAAUUAAUUAGAUCUGACAGUUUUAACACCUUGGUAAUUAAAGAGAAUAGUUGUUUAUAAAACACCUGAAUUAUAAACGGGCCAAGUCACUAAGUGUAACAAAUACUCAUGAGACUUCACUUACAGUACCCCACAGGUGCUGCCCUCUAUGCUUACGGUAUGCUCAAGGCCAUGAGGCAAGCUGCAACCAGCGAUGAAGAGAAAGAAAUAAUUAAUGAGCAAAUGAAGUAGGUUGUUCUGUUAAUUAAUGUAUAAUAUAGAAAAUGAAACAUAACAUUAUAACUUAUUAUACAAUAAAGCACUGUGAGAGAAGAUUGAAUAAUUGGAACUCAUCGGUGAAAGUCGAAUGAGAUGGGUAUUGGGUGGCCCAGUGGUCUAAACUAACUCACUCCAAUGAGCCGGUGGUCUGGAGUUCAAUCCCCGGCCAAGCCAGCAUCCCAAGCACACCGGCUGGAUGGGAAUCGCUAAGCCUUGGACGGCAGCUCAUCUAAGGGAAGGCUAACUCUGAAUUCAAACCAGAAGCCAAAAUGAACAAAUAUGUAUUUUUUAAAAAAAAGAAGAUAUCUGUACCCAUUACUGGUGGUUGUCUUUUCUUUGACAUCUGAAAUAAAACCAACAAUUGCAUCAUACUUUGUAAAAAAAACAAAAAACAAAUCUGAUAAUAUUCACGAACAGCAAUUGGUGGAAUUGUCACUAUCAAAUAUUUAAAACGGUUUUGAGGUGAAUUUCACAUCUAAAAAAUGCACAACAGUGUAUUACCAGUAAGAAAACUGUUCAACAGCCACAUAUGGUUUACUCUUAUUCUCAUUAAAUCUACGACAGCCAAAUAAGUUUUUUUUCUCUCUAAUUCUUUUUUAAAUUCUUUGACAGUCAAGAAAGCUUUCUGAAAUCCUCAUCAACUCUUCAAAAGCCAAUAAGGUGUAUUCCUAAUUCUCAUCAACUCUUCGAAAGCCAAUAAGAUUUAUUCCUAAUCCUCAUCAACUUUUAGAAAGCCAAAAAGGUUUAUUCUAUUCCUCAUCAACUUUUCGAAAGCCAAUAAGGUUUAUUCCUAAUCCUCAUCAACUCUUCGAAAGCCAAUAAGGUUUAUUCCUAAUCCUCAUCAACUCUUCGAAAGCCAAUAAGGUUUAUUCCUAAUCCUCAUCAACUCUACGAAAGCCAAUAAGGUUUACUCUAAUUCUAAUUUCCCACCAGAAAGUUUCAAGCUGAAGCGAUCCACACUAUAAACACAACGUACGAGGAUCAUGCCGAAGAUGCGAUACAGCUUCUCAGUCAGACAUUGACCAAUUGGGGUGGCACGACAUGCAUUCUACUGGCGCUAAGAACUGGGAACAAGGCAUUUUUGGCCUCACCACCUUGCAAGGAAUUUGAGAAGAGAAUGUGGAGGACGGGUUCUCACGUUGAAGAGGAUAUGUGGGUAAAAAGGAGUUUUCAUUUCCCUAAAGUUUUUUGUAUUUUUUGUAGGUUCAUAAAAUAUUAAUGAAACCACAGUUUUAAAACAAUGUAAAGAAACUUUCUAUCGUUUAAAUAAGUGGUUCUCAAAGUGGGGCGACGGCAUGUUCCAGGGGGUGUUUGAAUACUCGUUAAAUUUAAGGGGCGCUCGAAAUCUUCAAACGGGAGAUUUUGGAUUAUUUCAAGAACCCAUUUUUAACAAAACAAUUAAUUUCGUUACAUUAUUUUAACCGGAAUUGAGAAAGACACAUCAAAGAAAAUAAAAAUUUCCCACACACAUCAUAGAAUUUUUUUUUUAUAUUGGUUAUCAAAGAAAUGGAGGUCAAUGGACAAUCAGAAACAUGAAAUGUUAUCUUAACAAGAAAAAACAAUUAUAUAAGAUAAGUAAAUCACUUUUAAAAUUUUCUACACAUUCACCAGAAAAAUUUAUUUUAAAAAAUCAUUUCACGUAUCCAUUCUAGCGAAAAUCGGAAAACAUACAAUUGAUUGGUAAGAUUUUCAGUUUUCGAAAACAAAUUUUCAUCGAUGAGAAAGUCUUGUCAGAGCUGGUCAUCAUGAUAACAGCUAAAACCUUAUAACUAAUAUUUCUAUUAAGUCUUUAUUUUCUUGAACGUUACUUGGUUCAAAAAAGUGUUUGUUAUGUACCGUAGAACACAUGGUGCGACUGCACAUAGUGGCGUUGGGAGGGAAGGUUAGUGCCAUCCAGGGUGGGCCAAAUUUUUUGGCCAUCCCCUUCCAGGCGAUAAAGAUUUGAAGUGUUCUGAAAUUAUCAUUCCUCAAUUUAAGGAAACAAGUGCAACUUGUUGCGGACGUUCCCAUUCGCACACCCCAAUAUCAUACGCUAUACGCUACUGACUAUUGGUAAGUAUGACUACGUUCUAAAAUUAAUGAAAAGCUCACCAUAAAUGAAUAGUUGUAAAGCGUUAAAAAAAAUUAAUAUCAAAUAUGUAACCAUUCGUUGCGUACAUCUGUUCUUGUUGCUUUUUUAAAAGCAUUGUUUGUUUUAAACAUUCUUCGUGUUCUUCACUGCAUAUGCUACAAAUUGUGGCUUUAAAAAGAACAACUGAAUGUCCAUUGACUUUCAAACAAAAUUAAUAUGUAUUAGCAGUGGCGAAUCUAGGUUUAGUGUCGCCCGGUGCGGUAAACUCGUAGUGUCAACCCCCUUUCCCGACUUUGACGAUGGAUUUCUUCUUGUUAAAAUAAGUCCACAGUAUAACAAUGACAAGCGCAAAAAGAAAUCAAUAUAAGAUCAGGAGGUAAAGGCAUUUAAGAACUGUAAAAACGUUACGUUAUAGUUAUUUUGCAUUAAUUUAACUUUAUUUACACUUUUCCUUUCCUGGUCUCAAAGCUCAAAGCUGUCAAUCACUUGACCAAAAUCAAUUUCCUUCGCCGUCUUACUUUCAAUUGAUAGCAGAAACAGAUCAGAAAGCCUUGACUGCCCCAUGGUGGAUAGUAAAUAGUUUUUGAUAAACCUUAGUUUUGAAAAGCUCCGCUCACAUGAAGCCACAGACAUAUAUCGUAAGAUACAUUUGAAGGCGUAGCGAGAGCAUAGGAAGUACCAUUAAACUAUGAAUUUCAAAGCAUAUAUCUGAAAUUUUUAUUUUUAAGAGUUUUUCACAUUUACCAAAUACCAGACAUAAAAAAAAAUGAUAUCCCCAUUCUAGGCCAAUCUAAAGCAUGCAGUAAGAGUAAUUUAGCGAGACAUAAGUAAUUUACUACACUAUUAUUAGUAAGCGCUAAUCACAAUUAUACAUUAUUUACAUUAUUAUACAUUGGGGUUGAGGUAUCGUUUAAACGUUUUGUGAUGUAUAUAAUUAAUUGAUCAUUAAGGCAUUUUUACCUAUUAUGAAAAUGAAAAGUAAAAAAAAAAAUUUCAAAAAAUUCAUAAUUUUGGUUUAUUUCUUUUUAAUAAACUUUCUUUUUUAUUAACCAAAAUUAGCUUUCUAAUUCUAGAUUAAGUAAAGUUACCUGACAUAUCCAUUGUUAAAUAAAUAUAUAUUAUAUAUUGCUAUUUUCAGAUAUGUCGUCAAUGUGUUUACAGAAAACCGAAGAGGUCAGAAACAAGAUAAAUUGUAAAAAAAGUACAUGUCCAAUGUUUAAUGUAUUUAAUAAUUUAGGAAACAACUGUUCCUUGCUCUACAAUAACCUUUAAUUAAUAGAUGCAUAAUGUCAUAAUUUAUGUGCGAAAAUGAACUUUUCAGACUCUGUCUGAUGUGCGAUACAGAACUUACAGACGACGACAAAAGACAAGCCAAAAUGUCAAUAAAAAUACUCCUUGCUUUUGAAAAACUUCAACGCUUUACGUAUUAAAUAAUUAACGAAACACAUUUCUCUAAUAAAAUUCAAUGUGUGGAUACAUGAUGUGAAUAUUUUUAAGCACAAAAACAAAUUUCCUUAUUUUUUUCAGAAUAUGUCUCAAGUACUCCCAUGAAAGGACACAGAAUACAGUUAACCAAAAGAAAGACACAAUGUCAGUUGCUAUUUUUUUUAAAUAUAAUUAAAUUCCAUUUAAAAUUACGAGAAAAAAUAUAUCUAUUUGCUCUUAAAUUACUUUUAAUUAUAGAUGCCGAAUGCCAAUAUUUAUGUUCACAUAACACCAAUGUGCUUUUUUUUUCAGAAUUUGUCCCAAGUGUGAAACUGAGCUUGAGGAGGAAAACUUGAAGAGACUAGAAGCGUUUCUUAGCCCUGCUGUGCGUGUCAUCCUCAAAUUUGUAAGCAAAUAACAUUGCACUUUAAAUUUUUCUUAGAUAUCGGAUAUAAUAGAAAAGAGGGGGGGGGAACAAUAUCGCGCCACCGUUGUACCAUUUGACAUUGCACCGAUAACGAUAUAAAAAUUAUUACAGAUCCUAUUUGAUAAGAAGAUUUUAUUCAAGUCGUCAACAUUUUGUCCCCCCACUGACUGCUGUUCAAAAAGUUGUGAAUGUCAACAAGUUAUAUAUAUUCCUACCAUGAUUUUAACAGAGUUAUGGUGGUGGGGGGUGGGUACAUUUAUGUUGGGUACAUUUAUGUGCAAAAAAAUAUAUAUAUCACUGUGAAAAAAAAAUGUUUUUAGUCCUUUUCACUUUAUUUUGUUUUGUUACCAUCGUCGGCGGAACAGUGGCGGCAAAAGAUAUUGGCGAAUUGGCGGUGGCAAAUUGUCAGAGAUCAACUUUAAGCAUCGUCGGUUGUUGACAUUAUUGCGGCAGCAAUGUUUUGUCUACAAGAUUUGAUUCAUAUUAUUUAUUUUUAAGACCAGCCAUAUCGUGUUUCUCCUACUUUACGCCAUGUUGCUGAUAUCUGUUUUGGAGACUGAAUUUCAUUGGUUGGAAUGGGUCAUCUGGUCUUGGAUUGUAACUGGGUUUGCAGAGCAAAUCAAUCAGGUAUCUUUUAUUUUCAUCAACUUUAUCAGAUAUCUCUCUCUUUUUACCCGCCUUUCUCUUUCUCUCUUUCUUUGGUAAACCUAUAUCCAUCAAUAUAUCUAUAUCUAUAGCUAAUCUCUCGCUCUCUCUCUCUCUAUAUAUAUAUACAUAUAUAUAUAUAUAUAUAUAUAUAUGUAACUGAUAUUUUGUAAUAUAUAUUCAUAAGAGCAUAUACUAUGCUCCACAUCUCAUUUAUAUACUUAAAUUUUUCAGCAUAUUCGGAAUCCACUAAACCGACUCUACGAGACACACCAGCUGCGAGUUUUUGAUUGGAUCGAAUCUUUCUCUUUGCUACUGUUCGCCAUUACCUGGUUCUGUCCACGGCUCAUCGCGUAUCUCUAUCCAGAAGACACGGAAUGGAUGACCUGGGCCCGAGUAUUAUUUAGCAUCGAUUACAUAGGAUUCUCAGUUGGGAUAUUGGAAGUUUGCUAUUGUCACAAGUUUCUAGGACCGAUCUUAUUAAUGAUAAUGAGAAUGGUAAGAAAAUCCGUAGACACACAAAAAUUAACUGACGUUUAAAUUUGUUAAAAAAAUAAGCAAAACUCAUUAUUGUAGGUCAUUAAAUAAUUAUCAUGUAUUAAAAUAAUUAUAUCCCUUAACAUAAACGUGUAAAUAAUUGUUAAAUUUUAAAAUCUAAAAUUUCUUAUUUCUUUACGUCUCAUCAUCUGCCUGAUUCAAACUCGUCUUUAAAAUGCAGGCAAUUUUUCUUUUUUAAAAGUAUAAUGUACUAUUUAAGUUAUAACAGAACUGUCAGAUGACAGAUGUUUGUAUGACUAUCAAGCGAUGUCUCUUAUACUCCACCCUGCUAAAAUUUUUGUAUAUUAUUAUAAUUCAUCAAAGUUUCCGUAAAAAUACAUUUGAACCUCAUAAUCUAUUAUGAAAUUCGCACAGACACACACAAACAUUUUUUUUUUAAUUAACGAGCCAAUUCCAACAUAAACUAUUUUUCUCCAUUUAAAAAUAGGUCAUACAUCUUUCUGAUCACAAGUAACCAUUGAAUGUAGACAUUAUGGGAGGUUAAGUUCUGAAAUUCUAGGAAUCCCUAUAAUAUAAGUAUAAGAAGAAAAAUAGCUACACGAUGGUAUAAAAUGUAUUCAGUUUCUUAUUUGGAAGCUCGUGGAGAAGCUUUUCCUUUUUUAAAUAAAGCCAUAUAAUGUGGCGUUAAAUAAAUACAAAUUUAAGGCAUAUCAAUAAUGUGGCCUUGCAGGCCACGCUAUUACGAAACCAUGUUUAGCGCCCAACGCAGGAAUUUGACCUCGGUGUUAAGGUAUCAUAACAUGCAGCAUGAAUGUAAAGAGGCCCAUGCGUAGAACACUUAAAUAUUGGAACCCACUAUGUGUUUUUGGUUCAAGUUCAAUUAUUUAUUUCUCGGGAACCCUAGCGUGGUAAGAUAUAAAUUAUAUCUAGUUAGAAUAGGGAUUUUAUUUCCUAUAACGCAGUAUAUUUUCAAGUCUACAUCUUUAGGGGGCGUUGUAAUAUUAAGCAAUAAAGUGAGUUUUCACAUUCAUCCAUUGGGCUGGUCCAACAUCUUUUAUUUAAAAUAUCUAAAAACUCAUUUAACUCAUAGAAAUAUAAGAAUGUAUCUUAGAUAGCCGAGACAAAUCGGAAAAGGACAAAAUGUAAGUCUUUAGGGCAAAUGGUACGGGAUUUUUUUUUAAAACUUUUAUUUGGGUUGGUGUCGCUGACAGGAUGAACAUAUUUAAUAGCGCAUGCGCGGACAAGAUGAACAUAUUGAAUAGCGCGUUCUGUUUUAAUUUCGUAAAUCCGCGCCCAUUUCUUUAAACUUCAAUUGUUCUGCGUGGCGUCAAAUCAACGGUUUUAAUUAUUGAUCUCCACAGACCAAAACGCUGAUUCAGUUCAUCAUCAUCGUGCUGGUGUUCUGCCUGGCCUACGCCGUAGCCUCCGAGUCGGUGCUAUACCCUACGUCACAAAUGAACCCGUUGCUGGCCUUCAACGUCUUGAGGAAAGCCUUCUGGGCGAUGUUUGGAGAAUUCAAUCUGGAUGAAAUCAAUGGUUCGUUUAAAUAGUGCACACAAUUACAUACAUACGUUGUGGAUAUUUCUUAAUCAACCAGAUGUAACACAAAUUAAUGGGUCUGAUAAAGAGACUCAUCUUUAAAAAUGUAUUCGUUGAGUGUAAUCGGGAUUUUAAAAAAGAAACCAACUGAAAAAAAAAUGUUAUCAAUGAAAUUGUAAAUAAAUAUUUCUUUUACUCCCUCUGGGCUCUUAAAGUGGUCAUCUCCUAAUGUGCUGAACGAGUUCCCCACUCCUCAAUUCCCCUCAAACAUAUCAAAUUAUGCCAUUUAUUGUAAUAAAAUGUUUACAAAGAGACGUAAUUAUCAAGCAUUUUCGCUAAAUCGAUUAAUAUAAUAUUUUAAAGACAAAACAGAUAUUUGCAAGCUUGAAAUGAUUUUUUUAACAUAAAAUAAAUUAAGUUUAAAACUAUGAAAUUUAGAGAGCGUAAGUGGGGAUAUGUGAAAGAAAACUUAACGUGGAUGAAAAUCAACUUUUCUAUUUUUCCCGUUUGAGCACUCUUUACAAAAAAUAAUCACAUCAUUCUAGAGCUUAAACAUUAUUUCCCCAAGUUUCAUUUCAUCCAGUGAUUAUAAACCUAACUAUUUUCACCCAACAUAGGUGACUCUUGUACAAAUGACGCUGGCAUCUACAGCACAUACGAACAAACCAGAUGCCCCACCACCGCUGGAAAAUACUAUGCACCGCCGCUGAUGGGCGUCUACUACAUCAUUGUCAACAUUUUGUUGUUCAAUUUACUCAUCGCCAUGUUCAAGUGAGUCAACCUGUCUGUCCUCUUGACGCCACACGACUGUGCGGGGUGAUUUAUUGAAAGACGCCGUAGCGGUGACACUGUUGUGAUUACCGCACGCUGUUAUAUUUAAUGAGUAACUAUAAAUCAUUUUAUGAAUAUUUUUUUUUUAAUUAAAAAAAAACGCUUACUAUCUCUACGUUAGCAGGAGUAAAAAACGCACUGUUUUUUUGUAUUACUAUAAAGCUCAAAAAUUGACAUCGUUAGAAAGAAAGCUAAGGAGGUCUGGCACCAUCAGAAAAUGCAGCUGACCUGGAAGUACUGUAAAGUUAUCUUUUUGCCGCCGCCUUUUACAAUUUUGUCUCCUUUGCUAUGGACGUGCAGAGCCGACACGAAAGGAGCCCCUUUUAGUAAGUCUGUCUGCGUCAAUUUGUUCAUAUUGGUCUUUGGUUUGACCAGAGGUUGCAAACCCACGGCACGCGGGCCACAUGCGGCCCACCGAGUUAAAUUUUUUUGCUGGCGGAUGCCUGAUUAAUGAGAAAUAAACGUAUUUUUCUUCAUUCAUUUAACAAAAAAAAACAAUGUUAAAACUUAUGUGAGAGAAAUAUAAAACAGAGUCCCCCUAUUUUAGUUGUGUUCAGUUUUAUUCUUAAGCAUUUAAUUGCAUGAAUUAAGAAUAAAUAAAAGCCUUAAUGGGUUUUUAUGUUAAGAUUUUAAUAUAAGAUGUAAUGGCAUGCAGCCCGGAAACGGCUUAGUUGCUAUCACAGUGACCCGCGAACGCAUUUUGGGUUUAACACACCUGGCUUAGACCAAUCAGAAUUUUUUUAAAUUUAUUUUUAUAGUGCGACAUCAAACAACUACUUAAUUAGUUUUAGUUUGUUUACUCGGAAAGCCAGAAAUAUUCUGCUUUAUUUUUUUUUCUGUUAUUAGAAAUCAAUAAACUAUAUUUCACUUCAGCCCAAGAUAUUGGAGACUACGAGGACCUUCGACUCCAACGGCUGCAGACGGUUGCCCAAAACUCAGACAAAAAAGCAGAGAUACCGUAUGUAAACCUACUUUAUAAAAACUUCAUUUUGCACGAAUUGAUGUAUUAAAUAUCGAUUUAUCUAAGUCUGGAUUUAUAUGGUUCAUUGUUCAUGUUAAAAAACCAGACUACAUCACCGAAAGAAAAACAACUCGAUUCUUUACCGUAUUUCAAGAUAUUGGCAUCCACAUAAAAUGCACACAUCCUAUUUCCAACUCACUAGAUCUAAGAAGGUUAAUUAUUUAUCAAAUUCAUGUAUUUAUUCUGAGGCGUAUCUAAUGCUGCCUGGGGGCAAAAUGAAAGCAUCGAAUUCACAUCCUCCGUCAAGUUUUUUCAUAAAAAAAUAAUAAAAUCAUCCACGGGAUGUAAGCCCCCCCCCCCCUUUUUAAGUACGCAAACCACACAUUUUUGCACGUCCUUGAACUUAAUUAAAGUUUUCAAGUCCCAGAUCGCUUUUACCACACCGUUUUUUUUUUUUUUUAAAUUUUUUUUAAAAUAUUAUUCUCCUAUAUUAAAAGAUUAUGGUUAUCUAUUUUAAAAUUAAAAACUAUACCAAUGUUCAAAUCUGUAUACUUUUGAGAUAUUCUUAUCAAAAAGAAGCAAUUGCAACUGCAUAUGGUUCGUUCUUAUUUGGAUGAGUGAUAAAUGAAUUAGUGAUUGAUAUUUGGCUAAUGAUAUUUUGCUGCACUAACUGACUUAAACGGACUUUUCUUUUUUGAAGUGUAUUGAAACGUUAAGUUUUAUUUCUUUAAUUAAAUUCGAUAAAUAAAAGAAAUUGUUUGGAAUGAAAAAUAGGUACAAAUUAUUAUAUAUCUAAAAUACAAAACAAAAAUUUUAUUUGUUUUUUUUUCACAAUUGAAAAACAAUCAAUUAUAUUUAUUAAUUUUACUUUUAAAAUGGAGUAAAAUACAUGGUUAUUUAAUCAAAGAAAUAUAAAGCUUUUGAUUUGCAAAAAUAAAUUUAGCUCUUAUGGAAUUAAUAUAAUAUUUCUUUAUUUCAGGUCAAUGGAAAAUUUUUCUUCGAUAUUGUUUGAAGUCAUUAGAUUAAAUUAAUUUUAAUUAUAUUAUUUCGCAAUAAUAACAACGCACUAAAAACAACAGAUUUUUAGGUUUACCCGAUAAAUGUGGAUUUUAUGUUAGCUUUGGAUCGGCUUUAUAGUUUAGGGAUAACAUUAUUUUCAAUGUCUGGUAUUUGGUAAAUUUGCAACACUCUUAAAAACAAACUUUUAGAAAUAUGUCUUGCAGCUACUAUUGCUUGCAGUAAAGAUAUUCUACCACAUUAAACAUCCAAGAUAUAAGAUGUUUUAAAUACAACCAUUUGCUUACUUACUUUACCACUUUGCAGGAAAAAUUACGUGAAAUUUUCUUCUAAAGUCAAAACUCUUGGUUUGACUACUUUGGCUUUGGCCUCCUUUUCAAAUCGGUUUUGAAAUACUAAAAUGUGCCUAAAAUCGAAAUUUUACUUUGAGAGUCCAAGAGCAUAUUAAUGCGUAUAAUUAAAGAUAAAUGAGUCAUAUUCUAUAAGAUAAAUGUCUAAUAUUUUCAGAGUUCAAUGCAAUGGAAAAAUAAUUUGCACACACAAAGGUGAGUCGUAA